UGCUCUGCCGGUCCUCGCCUCCCUCAGCCUGACUGUCUGUCUGCAGGAGCAGGCUUCUCCACCGACAACUUCAGUCUGAGCUGCCCGGGCUGAGUGGACGUGUGUACGGAUGGUGGACGAGCCGCUCACCUGAACCAGCUCCGGUACUCGUGCUCUGCGGCAUGAACCACACCUGGGAAACGUAGCUACGUGUAUUUUUUUCUUGUUGUGGCUCAAGAUGAGAGUUGUUGCAUCGACAUGACUGUGACACCAUUACGUUGCAUCAGUCAGCGUGAUUUGCUAUGGUGAUACUACAAGCUAACGCCGAGCUAGCAGAGGGAUUGUUUUGGGAGAUACCUUCUUUUGAAACAAGCUCACACGGCGACACAUGAAUUAGUGACUUUUCAGUGAUUUUCUUUCUUCACGCUGGAACACAGAGGGGGAUGUCUAACCAAGGGGUGAGGAGAAAUGGCCCAGUGAAGCUGCGGUUGACAGUCCUUUGUGCAAAGAACCUGGCAAAGAAAGACUUCUUCCGGUUGCCAGAUCCCUUUGCCAAAGUGGUGGUGGACGGUUCAGGACAAUGUCACUCUACAGAUACUGUGAGAAAUACGCUGGACCCAAAGUGGAAUCAACAUUAUGAUCUAUACAUUGGAAAGGCAGACUCCAUCACCAUCAGUGUGUGGAACCACAAGAAGAUCCACAAAAAGCAGGGCGCAGGUUUCCUUGGCUGUGUCCGCCUCCUGUCCAAUGCCAUCAACAGACUAAAAGACACUGGCUAUCAGAGACUGGACCUGAAUAAGCUUGGCCCCAAUGACAAUGAUACUGUGAGAGGACAGAUAGUAGUAAGUCUUCAGUCCAGGGAUCGCAUCGGGACAGGAGGGCCAGUGGUGGACUGCAGUCGUCUGUUUGACAAUGACUUACCCGAUGGGUGGGAGGAGAGGAGGACAGCUUCUGGAAGGAUACAGUAUCUGAACCACAUCACACGUACCACACAAUGGGAGAGACCUACCAGGCCAGCUUCAGAGUACUCAAGUCCAUCAGGGCGUCCACUGAGCUGCGUGGUGGACGAAAACACACCAGUGAUGACACCCGUCAAUGGGGCAGAGGCCAGUGUCCCACCAGGUGAACAGAGGAUCCAGGAAAGACGGGUUCGAUCACAACGGCAUCGUAACUACAUGAGUCGGACACACCUGCAUACACCGCCUGACCUCCCCGAGGGUUAUGUCUGCAGGCAUUUAUACCUGGACUUGAGUAACGUGAACUGUGAGGAGCUCGGCCCACUGCCUCCAGGCUGGGAGAUCAGAAACACAGCCACCGGCCGCGUCUACUUUGUUGAUCACAACAACCGGACCACACAGUUCACAGACCCACGACUAUCUGCCAACCUGCAUCUAGUACUCAACCCAAGUUCCAAUGGUUCCCGUGUGGCCAUGGAGAGCCAAAACACUAACCUCAGUCAUCCGCCUCAGUUGAAGGACCAGGGUGGUCCUGGGGCCCCCCAGCAAGCUCUGUCGCCAGCACAGUUACCCGAAGAAGCAGAGUGCCUGACAGUGCCCAAAUACAAGAGGGACCUGGUGCAGAAGCUGAAGAUCCUGCGGCAGGAACUGUCUCAGCAGCAACCCCAGGCUGGCCACUGUCGCAUCGAGGUCUGCCGUGAGGAGAUAUUCGAGGAGUCGUACCGACAAGUGAUGAAAAUGCGUCCAAAGGAUCUCUGGAAAAGACUGAUGAUCAAGUUCAGAGGAGAGGAGGGACUGGAUUACGGUGGGGUAGCAAGGGAAUGGUUAUACCUGCUGUCCCAUGAGAUGCUCAACCCAUAUUACGGCCUGUUCCAGUAUUCCAGAGAUGACAUCUACACUCUGCAGAUUAAUCCUGACUCUGCCGUCAACCCGGAGCACCUUUCGUACUUCCACUUUGUGGGUCGCAUCAUGGGAAUGGCGGUGUUCCACGGCCACUACAUUGAUGGAGGCUUCACUCUGCCCUUCUACAAACAGCUGCUGGGGAAACCCAUCACGCUGGACGAUAUGGAGUCUGUCGAUCCUGAUCUCCACAACAGCCUCGUCUGGAUCCUGGACAAUGACAUCACUGGCGUCCUGGACCACACUUUCUGUGUGGAGCACAACGCCUACGGAGAAAUCAUCCAACAUGAACUGAAACCUAACGGCAAGAGUAUCCCUGUCUCAGAGGACACCAAGAAGGAGUACGUCAGGUUGUACGUGAACUGGCGUUUCCUUCAUGGCAUCGAGGCUCAGUUUCUGGCCUUGCAGAAAGGCUUCAAUGAGGUUAUACCUGAACACCUUCUCAAAGCCUUUGAUGAGAAGGAACUGGAGCUGAUAGUGUGCGGCCUGGGAAAGAUCGACAUCUCAGACUGGAAGUCCAACACCCGUCUGAAGCACUGCACCCCCGACAGCAACAUCGUGAAGUGGUUCUGGAAAGCCGUGGAGUCGUUCGACGAGGAGAGGAGGGCUCGGCUGCUGCAGUUUGUCACUGGCUCAUCCAGAGUCCCGCUGCAAGGCUUCAAGGCUUUACAAGGUGCUGCAGGACCAAGACUCUUCACCAUCCAUCAGAUCGAUGCCAACGCCAACAAUCUGCCCAAAGCUCAUACCUGCUUCAACCGGAUUGACAUUCCGCCCUACGAGAGCUACGACAAGCUGUACGACAAGCUGCUAACGGCUAUUGAGGAGACGUGCGGCUUUGCAGUGGAAUGAGAGACGCAUAGGAGAGUGUGUUUGUGCAUGAACAUGUGUACCUGUGUGCCAGACUCUGAUAGAUUUAUUAUUGUAAUUGCGACAUGCCGACGGGCUCACUGUGAGUCGGACACGUUUAUCUUUGACCAGCCUGCAGUCUUCCUCUUAUCUCACCGCUGUCCACGUCACGUUUGAACAGCUGCUAGAAUCAUCACAUCCUUUUUGUCUUAUUUGUUAAUGUUUUGGUGUCGAUCAUGUGAAAUACAGAGAGCAAAUUAAGAGCUGCAGCGAUUCCUAAAUCAAUUUUCUUAUCACGUGGAGUGGACAGACACUCUGUCUGGUCACCUUACUUUGAGUCUAAUCAUAUAAGGAAGCAGAUUAUCAACUUACAGUUCGAGUGUUUUAAAAAAAAUGAGGCAUUUGAGGAAGUGAGGCUCUAUUUUUUGUUUUGCAUUUUGAGCUGAUUAAAGGAUCCUUGUCAUGCUACUGAAUAUGUAACGUCGCUGGUAGCCAGAUCUUGCCCUAAGUAGCCAUGUCAACCUCAAACAGUACAGGUUGCCACCAAUUCAUCCUACCUCAGUAGAACGCUUUGACAUGUGACGGGUUUUAUUCCAAAAUGAUCUCCAUCAUUUGUUGACUGCUCACAUCAUUCCCAUCAGAAUAGAACAAUGUUUCAUAAUUAGUUCAAUUUAUACACCAGCAGUUAUUUUGUACCUGUUAAAACAUAGAAUAAAAAUGGUAAAUGUCAUUUUGAAAUGAAACUCUCACAGACCCACUCGGCUGCACAGCAGGUCUUAGGUCUUGUGGCGUUUUCGAGUCGAGCUCGUGGUAUUUGUUCAAAGAUGAGAGGAUGACGGACUCUGGUGAAGAAGAAUAAGAAGGAGGCUUAGAUCUUGUUUUUUCAAUCCUGAAUCACUGCACACUUUGGCCACAGCUCUCGUAAACCUGUGUGUGUCUGUGCGUUUCUGCAUGUUUACACAAAUGUACGUAUGUGUGUAAGGAAGGUAGACAUUUUGUAAACGAGCUCCCCUUCACCUCUGCUGACACGGUAACCUGUGUAUGUCACCGUGAAGCUAAUUGAACCUCACAGUUUGAUUCCGGUUCGUCUUCCUUUUCUCCAGCGGUUAAAAGUAUGCAUGUUUUUCUUUUUUUUUCUUUUCAUUCUAUCCAACCCAGUGUAGCUCAAUACACUUCCUGCAGGAUCAUAAGUGCAGGGCACAUCCGUCGUCGGGACAGGCGUCAUUAAAAAUCCUUUAAAGGUGGACGUCUCUUUUCAUCAGUUGAAUAAAGCAGAAGUAUUUCUUUUCUCUCUCAUGUCACUUUAGAGCACUUUACAAACUCAGCAGUGAUGUCAGGACGGCUUUCUUCACCUUA